UUACUACUGAGCUGUAAAAUUUGGAUUGAAAAUUAGCUGUCUGUUGUUCAGAAAACCAUACUACCCGAAAGGGUUCCCAGUCUGUGUUUGUUCUGCUCUAUAUUUAGUACUCAUAGAAAAGUUUUAAUCUCGGCCCUCUGAAGAGGCUGGAAGAGGGAUAUCAUGACAUUCAAAGCUCUCUGUUUGGGGCUGCUUUGUGUUCUCUUUGAUUUUUAUAUUUGUGUACCUGUACCAGGCAACAUUGAAGAACCCUGGAAAGUAAGGGCCUUGGAUGCAUUUAUUAAAACUAUUGAUUUUGUGGCCACAUGUUUUGAAAAUGCAGGUAUUAUGAAAUAUGAAGAGUUUGUAUCGAUCAUAUUCAAGCUGGACCAUACCGACCCACUUUCAGAUGAACACGUCACAGUGAUUGAGACAGCAUUUGCUGAUAUUCCAGUACGUUUGUACACGCCAAAGAGAAAGUCCAAAAUGCCACGACGAGCUGUAAUCUAUAUUCAUGGUGGUGCUUUUUGUUUUGGAAGUUUCAAGCAGAUGUCUUUUGACUUCCUGAAUAGAUGGACAGCAAACAAACUUAAUGCUGUUGUUGUGGGACUGGACUAUAGACUAGCUCCUCAACACCAGUUUCCUGCUCAGUUUGAAGAUAGCUUUGCUGCAGUCAAGUUUUUUCUUCAGGAUGAAGUUCUUACAAAAUACGGAGUGGAUCCCACCCGAAUCUGUAUUGCAGGAGACAGUUUUGGGGGCACGUUAGCAGCUGCAGUGACUCAACAGGUGCAGAAUAAUCUUGAAAUACAACAUAAAAUCAAGCUACAAGCAUUGCUUUACCCUAGUUUACAGCUGAUUGAUUCUUACUUGCCGGCUCACCGAGACAAUGAGUAUGGUUUAAUUCUGACAAGGAAAACAGGCAUAAAACUCAUAAGUUUAUAUCUCACUGCCAGUGAAACAUUAUCCCUGGCAGUCCUGAGAAACCAACAUAUGCCUCUGGAAUCAGCACAUCUCUUCAAGUUUGUUAAUUGGAGUAUUCUCUUACCCAAGAAGUACAGAAAGGACUACGUUUAUACUGAACCAGUUCUUGGACGAUGUAAUCAUUCACUUCCAGCAUUCAUGGAUAUCAGGGCAUCACCUUUGCUGGCCAAUGAUUCCCAGUUACGGAAUUUGCCAUCAACCUAUAUUCUUACCUGUCAAUAUGAUCUCGUGAGAGAUGAUGGCUUUAUGUACACUUCCAGACUUCAAAAUGUUGGAGUUCAAGUCACUCAUGACCAUCUUGAAGAUGGAAUUCAUGGAGCUUUAUCGUUCAUGACAUCACCACUGCAUUUACAUCUAGGCCUCAGGAUAAAAGACAGGUAUAUUAGUUGGCUGGAUAAGAAUUUAUAAGUAUCUUUUAUAGAAAAUAUAUAUAGCCAUCACUUACUGGGUUGUAAUUUUUGAUAUUUGUAGUUGUAAAUGCAAAGAACAGCGUCACUUGUGUUGUGUAAAUUGAUAUUUGAAUCACAA